UUUGUCAGUGAACAAAAUGGCGUCCUACUGUUUGAGUGUCAACCGGCUCCAGUUCGUCUUUGGCGAGGGAGUGCGGUGGCUGCAUGUGUCGGCAGCCUUCAGCGCCAAGGCCAAGGUGGCCAUGAGCCGCUUCGAACCCGGCUCCAGCAUCGACUAUGAGCAGAUGCGCUCGAAAAUCAACAUCGUCCGCAAGAGACUCAGCCGGCCCCUGACCUUGUCAGAGAAGAUCGUGUACGGACACCUGGAUGACCCCGACAGGCAGGACAUCGGGAGGGGCCGCACCUACCUCCGGCUGCGGCCGGACCGCGUGGCCAUGCAGGACGCCACCGCGCAGAUGGCCAUGCUGCAGUUCAUCAGCAGCGGCCUGCCCCAGGUGGCCGUGCCCUCCACCAUCCACUGCGACCACCUCAUCGAGGCCCAGAUCGGAGGCGCGGAGGACCUGCAGAGAGCCAAGGAGGUGAACCAGGAGGUGUACAACUUUCUGUCCAGUGCUGGAGCCAAGUAUGGAGUCGGCUUCUGGAAACCUGGCUCAGGAAUCAUCCACCAGAUCAUCCUGGAGAACUACGCCUACCCCGGGGUGAUGCUGAUCGGCACAGACUCCCACACGCCCAAUGGCGGAGGCCUGGGGGCGAUUUGCAUCGGAGUGGGCGGGGCUGACGCUGUUGAUGUCAUGGCAGGCAUCCCCUGGGAGCUCAAAUGUCCCAACGUGAUCGGUGUGAAGCUGACAGGUACCCUGUCAGGCUGGACCUCCCCCAAGGACGUGAUCCUGAAGGUGGCCGGGAUCCUAACUGUGAAGGGGGGCACUGGGGCCAUCGUGGAGUACCACGGGCCCGGUGUCGACUCCAUCUCCUGCACUGGAAUGGCCACCAUCUGUAACAUGGGCGCUGAAAUUGGGGCCACCACCUCCGUGUUCCCCUACAACCACCGCAUGAGGACCUACCUAGAGAAGACCGGUCGCGCGGACAUCGCUGCGCUGGCAGAAGAGUACAAAGACGACCUGGUUCCUGACCCUGGCUGCCACUAUGACCAGGUCAUUGAGAUCAACCUGAGCGAGCUGAAGCCCCACAUUAACGGGCCCUUCACCCCCGACCUGGCUCACCCCGUGGAGGAGAUUGGGGCGGUGGCCGAGAAGAGCGGGUGGCCCCUUGAGGUCAAAGUCGGUCUGAUUGGCAGCUGCACCAACUCCAGCUACGAGGACAUGGGCCGGGCUGCCUCUUUGGCCAAGCAGGCCCUGGACCGUGGGCUCAAGUGCAAGGCCCAGUUCACUGUCACUCCCGGUUCGGAGCAGAUCCGCGCCACCAUCGAGAGAGACGGCUACGCUAAGAUCCUAAGCGAUGUCGGAGGUGUGGUUUUGGCCAAUGCCUGCGGACCCUGCAUUGGACAGUGGGACAGGCGUGAUGUGAAAAAGGGAGAGAAGAACACCAUCGUCACAUCCUUCAACAGGAACUUCACUGCCAGGAAUGACGCUAACCCUGCGACUCAUGCCUUCGUCACCUCCCCCGAGAUUGUCACUGCCCUGGCCAUCGCCGGCACCCUCAAGUUCAACCCAGAGAAGGACUACCUGACCGCUCCAAAUGGUGAGAAGUUCAAGCUGGAGCCGCCCACGGGCGACGAGCUGCCCCUCCGAGACUUUGACCCGGGGCAGGAUACCUACCAGCACCCACCCAACGACGGCACCUCCCUGCGUGUGGACGUCAACCCCCAGAGUAACCGCCUGCAGCUGCUGGAGCCUUUCGAAAAGUGGGACGGCAAGGACCUGGAAGACCUGCAAGUGCUCAUCAAGGUUAAGGGCAAGUGCACCACAGACCACAUCAGUGCUGCCGGCCCCUGGCUGAAGUUCCGCGGUCACCUGGACAACAUCUCCAACAACCUGCUGAUCGGGGCGGUCAACAUCGAGAACGAUGCGGUUAACAAGAUCUGCAAUCAACUGACAGGAGAGUUCGGGGGUGUCCCUGACGUGGCCCGGUAUUACAAGAAACAUGGCGUGCAGUGGGCCGUGGUGGGGGAUGAGAACUACGGCGAGGGUUCGAGCAGAGAGCACGCUGCCCUAGAGCCCAGACACCUCGGGGGAAGAGUCAUCAUCGUCAAGAGCUUCGCCAGGAUCCACGAGACCAACUUGAAGAAACAGGGCCUGCUGCCGUUAACCUUCUCAGACCCCCAUGACUACGACAAGAUUCGCCCAGAUGACAAGAUCUCCAUCAAGGGCCUCAAGAAGUUCGCCCCCGGCAAGCCGCUGACGGCCGUGAUUAAGCACAAAGACGGCAGCCAGGAAACCAUCCAGCUUAACCACACCUUCAACGAGACACAGAUCGAGUGGUUCCAGGCCGGCAGCGCCCUCAACAGGAUGAAGGAGCUGCAGCAUUGAGUGGGGGGAGCCGGGAGAGGAGCGGUUGAUGCAGAAGGGGGAGGGGCCACACAAAGGGGAGGGGUUAUACCCUAGGAUGUGGGGAAGGCAUAAAAGGCACACACUCGUACAUGUACACAUGCCAGUCCACACCUUCCAUUUUUUACAUUUAUGUCCGUACUGUAUAGACAAGCCAGCUGUACGCAAAAAGGGACCGUUCCAUGCCCCCACAGACACACAGCACGUCCUGGUGCCAGUAAAAUGUGUGUGUGCACCAAGGCAGUAUUUCUCACCUGUAAAGAUUACGUUUAUUGACACAUAACGCACUCACUCCUGAACAAGACUGAAGGGUGUACGCAUAGUUUGACAGUGAAAGCUUUGGCACAGGAUAAAGCCACACUCCUCCAGACAGCAGUUUCUACACUGUCACUCCAAUGCGGUUCUUGCGACUCUGGUUUGCGCACGCUGUAUAGUCUCAGUUGCUGUCAAUGAUUGUGCUACACUCUGCAACAAGGUCCUCACUCAUUCAAACGCACACUCACUCUACUCCAGUAUAAGCUGCAUAUGAUGUUGGUGCUUUGUGUUUGUAUUGGAAUGCACUGCUCCACCCCCAGGUGUACAUACUUUGGGGUUUUUCACAAAUCCUGCACUGUCUUUCAAUGCGCACGCACAUACACACACACGCACAAAAGCGGGUACUCCAAGAUAAGGUCCUUACAUAUUUUUGAAAAGUUCCCCUCUUCGUGUCAUUUUUUUUUUUUGAACUCCUUUACUGAAUUCUACAGAGGUCAAUAUUUCCAUAUUUUAAAAAGAGAAGUUAUUUAUUUAUUUUACUGAAGAGUGAAACGUGGAUCUAGUCUAUCUUGUUUUGUUUCGUUCAUUGCCGUUUUGAUGAGGAAACUUUGGUUGAAUUUCCCUUUGUAUUCUGCCCCAGGAAGAAUGCAAACCCUUUUUCCUUUGGGUUAUGUAUUUGUAUUUUUGUUUCUGUAAGAAAUCAGACUUUUGUGAAAAGCAAUGUCCCCACAGACUCAACACUGAUCUGACAUCCUCAGGACCUGUAAACCAAACCAAACUUGAGCCACAAAGACAAAGUAAAAGUGAAUUUUGGGCCUAUCACACUUUUUAUGUCUCCUAGGUCUGCGACUGUCCUCUGAUGAGAAUAUUGAAUGUUUAGCUACAAAUCUCUGUGGGCCUAUAUGCAAGAAAUACUGAGGACCUCUGGGUAAUGGGAGCUUUAUUGCUCUCUCUGUACUAGACGCACACAUACAGAUUUUCUUAUUACCUCCCACUAAGGGGUAACCACUCCAAUUCCCAGAAUUCCACACUCUCACUCUCUUACGUGUGUUCCCUCUGUUUCUCCUUGUAUUGGAGCAUUUGAUCGUCCUGUGUUCAUACUGUUUUUGUCUCUUUUCCUCCUCUUGGCAGAAUUAAGCUCUUAUCCACUACAGUGGGCCGUGACAUAAAGUGACAUUUCAAUGAAUAGCAACCUCUUUGCCCGUGUGUGUGUGUG